AUGAUCUCCCUAUGGCCUGCUAUGGAUGCUCAUAUGACGAGUAAUACCUAUAUUCUUCAAACAUCCUCACCUGUUCUCAGCUUUUUUGACUUACCCCUCAAAAUUCGCGACGACAUCUACCAUAAAGUGCUAGUUGUACCUCAUGGAAUAUAUUUUUUUCAGGUCUAUGAUGAUGCGGUCAAAACGGUGAUCCCAGAGAGGCCAGGCCGAUGGCUUGCAUCGCUGUACACCAAUCGAAAAAUGCGCGAGGAGGCUAGCGUUGUGUUUUAUGGACGAAAUCGUUUCGUCUUUAUGGAUACAAUGGGAUGUCAGACCAAACUCUUACAGUCCUUUCUACACCUCGUUGGACCGGUGAACGCAAUUCUUAUGUCUCAAAUCUGCAUUAGUUUUCCCUCUAUGGAGAACGUCAAAGACGGGCCAGCAGAAUAUGCGAUCAGUGAAGAUGAUGCAGAUAGUCUGAAGCUUCUUCGACAAUUCACCAAUCUGACAACUUUAGAAACUCUACUGUAUAGCUUCAACCCGAUAUGCAGAACGGAAGCGAAUCAGGAUGCUCACCACUCACAAUUUGUUCAAGGCGCGUGCUCGCUUGUUGAUACGCAACUGAGGAUCGCCAUACCAACACUGCGCAAAAUCGUCAUCGUGUUUCAUGAAAUGAUCCCGAAGAAUGAGAUGGUGGAUUUAAUGCACCGCUUUCGGUGGAUAAUCUGGCGAACUGAUAAGAAUGGUAUGGUUAUCAGGCGAAAUGAAGGAGAAUUAUGA